GCACAGGGCCCAAAAACAUGGAGGGCCCUAAAGAAAAUAUUUACUAGUAGUACUAGUCAUAUGGCAGCCCUGGUCCAAAGAUUUGAAAGGAACAAAACGUGAGAAAGAAAACAACGGAAGACAAAGAAAAAGCGACUCUCGAAUCUGGAACGACUCGAAGAGUGGAACGAGUGCCGACGAGUCGGCGACCGCCACCAUCCCGCUCCAGCCCACUACCACGCGCCCGGCCUCCAAGACCACAACUGCACCCUAGUCGGCUAGUCCUCCAAGACCUCCAAGACGCUCUACCUCGCUAGUCGGCUAGUCGCUAGGCCACACACCGGCACAACGCUGUAACCGUUCUGAAGAGAUGGAUGUGAAAGUAAAGAAAUAUCUCAGAGGAGAACCAACAAAAUAUGAGGUCUUAAAAGAUAAGAAGUUGAAGGGUCAGCUUGCUGCAAGAGAAGAGUUGUAUGGAAGAUCUGCAAAAGCUGCUGCAAGUGCUGAAAAGUGGCUAAUGCCAAGUGAUGGGGGGUUUCUCGAAACCGAAGGGAUAGAGAAGUCUUGGAGAAUUAAGCAGGAGGCAAUUGGCCGUGAAGUAGACAUUUCAAGUGCAAGAAAUCAAUAUGAUAUUGUCUUACCAGUGGUCGCCACAUGGCUUUAGCUGGGAGGAAGGGACACCUUGCUAUAGUGGACAUGAAAACAUUGAAUCUUUUUAGAGAAUUUCAGGUUAGAGAAACAGUGCGUGAUGUAGUAUUCUUGCACAAUGAACUGUUUUUUGCUGCUGCUCAAAAGAAGCAGAACAGUCAGCAUGUGGACUUAAGGAAGUUUGAGGUCAUCCAAACGCUCCACGGACAUGCCAAGACCUUAGAUUUCAGCCAAAAGGGUUUACUCGCUUGCGCAAGCGGAUCUGUCAUACAGAUACAUGGCGACCUCUCCGGGUCCCAUAAAAACCUGUCCCGUUACAUGACACAUUCUAUGGCCAAAGGAUACCAAACGCAGAAGGUGGUCUUUAGACCGUACGGAGAUGUUUUGGCAAUUGGACAUUCUGCAGGUUGGUCUUCGAUUUUGAUUCCCGG